AUGACCUAUAUGGACCUUGGCUUCAAUUUUUGCGUCCUCUGCUCUUUCCCUCUCUUCUCACUGCUGCUCAUUCUCAUCUCCAGCCUCUCUAUUGGCGUGCGCUCUGCUCCUUAUGGCGCAAAAGACAUUGGAAUUUCAGUCAAUCCAUGCUCUUCAUCCUCGGGUUCUGAAAUUCCCCCUGUUGAUUCCAUUUAUCAAAGAGGCCUUCCAAGCGAUCAGCUUCCGCCUCACAGACGAGGGGUUGGAAGAACCUUUCAGGAACUUGUUAAUGAUGGGAUACUUGUGCACUUCAUGACUCACGGCGAAGCUGACAACAAUGUUUUUGAUAAAACUCUGGAAGGCAUUACAUUCGGUCAAAAGAUAAAACGAGGGCUCAACAAUGAUGGAAUAUGGGAGAUCAGUGUUACCUCUGAGGGACCCCAACCUCACUGGCUUCAAGGGCGACCCAAACACAAGCUCCUGGCAAAGUUCUCCAAGCAGGAAGGUCCGCCUGGACUACCUUUCGGCGAGGUCAAGGCAUUACGGAUGAUGGGUCUCCUUGUUGCUGCUGGUAAAAUCCCGUAUCCUCAUUCAGAUGGAACCCCACUUCUCCGUCCUGCAAUUAUCAUGGAGAAAAAAGAGGGUGUUGCCCUUAGGGACACCAAUCUCUUUAAGUUUGCCCCCUUCGAGGAACAGGGCCCGAUGAUGAACCACGUAUUAGAAUUGAUGUGCAGACAAGUUGCUCAAGAUGCAGUCGACCACAAGGUCUAUCAUCUCGAUAACGCCCUAACCAAUGGACUCAUACCUGUCAACCAAGUACCAGGGAAACCGAAGGAUUUUUCCGAGUCUGUGAAAGCAGUGGAGAUAGUAGACUAUGGUAAUGCUUACAUGGUUAUGAAAGAGACAUCUUAUGACGAAUUGAAAGUGUAUCUAGGGGGUCGCGUAGUUGAGGAAGAGUUCUUUUUUAAUGCUCGAGUAUGUUUAGACCACGAACUUGCGUUAUUUGAGCUAGAACUUCACUUUGCAAUUACCACCUCUGGUGUGAAUCGUAGAUAA